CAACAACAACCAAAUAUUUUCUGUUUAAUAUAGUGAAAAACUAAUAUUUUCAACGAUAGAUGCAUUUUUAGCAAGUAUUUCAAAGAGCAUAUCAAUCCGACAUUCUUAAAGUACAUUUCAAUUGUAUUAUAAUGAAAUUUUCGUGGUUGAACAAGGAAUGAGAGCUUUUUAGUAGAAGUGUCACAGAUUUCGGAUCGAUUCAUAAUUCGGAUAUAAAUGAAUAUUACAACAAACGCCUAACUUAAAUGACAUGCUAAGGAAUCUUAAUGUAUUUUAUUAUUUUGUAAAGGCGUAUAAACAAUAGCUGUAAAUUAAUAAGCGUUUCUGUUUUGAGUCAAACUUUAAGAAAGAUCAAACAAUGGAUGAUGAGAUAUUUUCCCAAGUCACUGCUUGCUUAUCAGCAAAAGUACUGGACCGAAUACAUGGAGAUAAGAAAAUCUUCUUAGCUGAAAAUGUGUGCCCACUUGGAGUACUUGUUAGUGACAACUUGGAGAAUGCUGAGGUGUUUGUUACUGGAAAUCUUAAGCAGAUCGUUGCAUGUUGGUCGAUUUUGAAUUGUAAAUUGAUUGAAGAAAAUCAAGAUGUCUUGAAAAAUGUUCUCAACCCGGAAUUUUGCUGGCUUUGCAAAAGUUUUCCAACAAGGACCGAGGUUAUCAAGCCAAGAUCUGUGUCAAGUGAGUUACAAAGUAAUAAAGAAAAUAAAAGUAAAAACUCUGCUAAUGUAAAAGUGUAUGUAUCAAAAAGAGGAAAAGCGGUGGAAAGUGAAGAAGAUGAAACGCCUGUUUACUUGCCUCGUAAGAAGUCAAAAUAUGGACGAUCUAUCAAGAUACCUCAGCACUUAAAAAGUGACAUUGUAGACCUAAAUUUCUUAAAUAAAGAAUCUGAAGAUGAAAAAGAGGAGAAAGAAGGAAGCCAAAAUGAUUUAGAUUUCAUUGUUAAAUCAGACAGAUUAAAUUACUUGAAAAAAGACUAUAAGGUCAAAGAAACUCGGUCACGCAAUAUAAAGAUCCUUGCACCAAAGGGUGACAAGAGAAGUUUACGUAGGUAUUACGAGGAAAAGAUGCCGUUUAAAUUCUUUUGCACCAAAUGUUCUUUCAAGACAAAACGACAGUGUCAUUUUGAUUCACACAUGGAAUAUCACACAUCCCAUCCAGACAUUGAGCUCUUCCGCUGUGGUAUUUGUGAUUUCACCACUGUCAGGGGGAGUGUUUUAGCUCGUCACAAACUUACUCACUCUGCGACGAUACUCAAAUGCAGCGAGUCUGGUGACUGCUCAUUCGUGACAGAUAAUCCUAAAAGUCUGAAAGAUCACAUGCGUAAAAAGCAUAAUAUUAUUGAGAAAGAGGAGUCUGGUGAGAAACCAAAUGCAGAAGAGUCGUUCUUUGAUCAGCCAGUCAAAUGUGACCUAUGUAUUUUCACAACUACCUCCAGAAUUAAACUUGAUGAACACUCCAAGACGCACUCUGAGGUUCUUCAAACAUCUAUAUCAGGUCAGCAUGUUUUUUCUUGCAAGCUGUGUCCGUACCAAGGGAAGCGGAAGGUCAACCUGAUGCGUCACCUAGACAGCGUGCAUACUGGGAGACGGCCACACCUGUGUGAUCUAUGUGGCAUGGCCUUUAAAAGGUCAGAUGCACUGCAGGCCCAUAAGGAGACCCAUCUGGAUAGAUCUAAACGAAAGCUUCCAUUUCAGUGCCUGAAAUGUGGGAAAGCCUUCAGAGCUAAGUUCCUGCUGAAAGAGCACCAGGCCGUUCACUCCACCCUGCGCCUACACCAAUGUCACAUCUGCGGUCAGCUGUUUAAGACCCCGAUAGUCCAGAAACGCCACAUGCAGCUGGUGCACAACUCCUCUCAGAAACACAUCUGCCAGGUGUGCAACCGUGGCUUUAGCACCAAAUACGUUCUCAAGCGUCACAAGAGGGUGCACGAAGACACUAAUGCAGUCAUUGGUGUGGAGAACAAUCUGACGGACGAGGCCCAGAAUGGAGAGAAUGUUGGUAAACUGGCAGGUGUUAAUGCUGAGAGUAAAUUGUUUCUGGCAAAAUAUGUUAACAGAAAGCUGGGAGUGCUCGGUCCUGAACAGAAAGUGGCCAGCGAGAAUGAGUCUGCAAUCGAGUCGAUUAUGAUUUCGGCUGAGAAUUUACAAGGCUUUGAUCAGGGCUUAGAGCAAACGUCAGAAGGCAUUCAUGUGGGAGUUGCUACUGUUUAUGUUGAUGAAACAGAGGCAGGGUUAGGUGUAGAAGGUGCAGAAGUGGUAAGAAUCAAUGACCUCAAGCGCACGCAGCCACUCUUCAUGCCAGCCACCUCUACAGUGGUGUUCGUGACUUCAGCUGGACACGCCGCAGGUAGUGACAUCGUGCAAAACCUCAACACCUUCAUCGGAGUUGACGUGGGUGGGGAUCAUAUACAAAGCAUAGAAGGCAAGGCGAUCAAUGAGCUGUAUAUAGAGACAGAGGUGCGGGAGGAGGAAAUUCAGUCAAGCGUGGCGGGAAGUUCCGCAAGUUCGCUUCUCGGCACUGCAGGCACCGAGCAGGUGUUCGAGACUCGAGCAGUGCCUCAGGAAAUGGAUUCCAGUCAGGUUUUGAGCGAUGAAGGGCAGACAACUCUGAAUUUGGAGCUACUGGAUGGGCAAGACGUUUUUGAACAAGGGCAGAUAAUUGGCGAUGGAGAAUUCUUGGAAUUGAUUGCCAGUGAUGGUCGGACUUAUCAUCUGAAAAUCGAAGGACUUGGCAUUGAAAAUAUUCUCUCUCUGCCUUCUAAUUCUAGCAGUCAAACAGAUUAAUUUAUUUAUAUUUAAUAUUACAUGUUCUAUUUAUACUUUCAUAUUUCACUGUUUCAAUGUUUACAGUUCUAACCAUUUGAUUAUAUCUGUUUUUAUGCCCCCAGUAGGGUGGCACAUAGCAUUUGAACUGUCUGUCCAUCCAUCUGUCCAUCCGAAAACUUUAACAUUGGCCAUAACAUUGCGAUAUUGAAGGUAACAACUUGAUAUUUGGCAUGCAUGUGUAUCUCAUGGAGCUGCACAUUUUGAGUGGUGAAAGGUUAUUGUCAAGGUCAUCCAUCAAGGUCAAGGGUCAAAAAAACAAAUUUAAUGGAAGUUACAAGCUUUAAAGGGAGAUAAUUUCUAUUUAAUUUUUUUUUUAAAGGGAUAUAAUCAAUAACAAAAAUAAAUAUUUAAAAAAAAAAAUACUCACACAAGCAAUGUAAAGGUGGAGAAUAUAAUAUUGAGCGUAGGUUUAACUUAAGAAUUUUAAGUUUGACUUUGUUUAUUUAGAUUUAAUAUUAUAUUUUAUAUUUAUAUUUUCGUAUUUAAAUGUUUCAAUGUUUACAGUUCUAACAGUUUGAUUAUAUCUGUUUUUAAAGGAAUGUUUAAAAAAAAUACCCACACAGGCAUAGUUUUGGGUGGAAUAUAUGAUAUUGAGCGUAGGUUUAACUUCAUUUUAAGUUGGACUUUGUUAAAAACGGCCAAUACUGACUUGUAUGGCCCUUUUUUUAACCUACCCAAAAUAUUUAGUGUGUGAUAAUGUGUGUGAAAUGUAUAUUAAUCACUCUUAUGACAAUUCUAUUUGUGUUGAAGAGAGUGAACUUUAUUGUCGAUUUACUGACAGUGACAAUGCUAUGAAAAUAUGAAUUUACUGUGUUUUACUGAUUGUAAUACAAGUUUUUGAGUCGUGUUUAUUUUAAAAAAGGAGUUCAAGACAUAGCUAUAUUUGUUUAUCAAAGUAACACUACUUCAUUUAUUUCUUUAAAUAUUAAGAAUUCAUAAAUUUCAUAUGUGUGUGUUUGAUAAAGUGAGCUUAAAUUAUGUUUCAAAGUUAUGCAAAUGAAAUUAAAUGAACUACACAGAAAGUUUAAAUUCCCAGUUUUAAAGACACAAAUAAUGGUUAUUCAAUCGUUUAUUGUGUAUGUGUGUUAAUUUAAAUAGUGAAGACUCAACUCUUAGUUUAGGGCAAGUUUUUAUUAUACUUAUUAUAUUUAAAGAACUGAAUUUGACACCUGAUUUUAUCAAAUUUACACCACAAUAGUUAGAAAAUAUCUCCAACAUACUUGAUUACCUGAACAUCAGUAUUUUAAUGAUAUCCCUGUAACUAAGUUAACUAGUAUAUUUGAGUCGUGUUCUGAGAAAUUGGGGCUUAAUGCAUGUGCGUAAAAUGUCGUUCCAGGACGACACUUUCCGCUUUUAUGGUAUUUUUGGUUUAAAGGAAGUUUCUUCUACACAAAAAUCCAGUUUAAGGCCGAAAGUGUCGUCCCUGAUUAACCUUUGCGAACUGCACAGGCUAAUCUGGAAAGACACUUUACGCACAUGCAUUAAGCCCAGUUUUCUCAGAACGCGACUCAUUUAUACCGGAUUCACCAUGGACAUUUGUCUAUAUACACAAACUGAUCAAAUGCCUUUCUCCUAGGCAUCUAAGUGUACACUAUUCAAACACUAAGGAAUUGUCAGGUUAUCUAACAUAGUGUGUUCAGUUCAUCCCCUUGGAGUACAAAGGGUCACAUGAUUUCUAUAGCCUUGUAUUGCAAAAUAACUUUAAAAUUGUAUUCUCUAAAACGAUCUGUCCCAGGGAUGUAAUAUUUGGCAUGUAACAUUGUAUUGUGUAUUGUGGCCCUCUACCAUGUUUGUUCAAAUCAUGCCCCUGGGGUUUACAUUGGCCUAACCCUGUUACAAUCAUGUUUCCCUUUUAUGUAUGUAUUGAAAACUUAAAAAAAUCUCUGGAACCAUAAAGACCAUAGGCUUGGUAUUUGGCAUGUGACAUUAUAUGGUGUUUUACUAGCAAGUUUGUUCAGAUCAUGUCCCUGGGGCUAAAGUGGCCUGCAGGGUACUUACUUGUCAAUGUGUUGCUAAUGGAAACAUUAAAACUUGUCUGAGACAGCAAGGCAGAGAGGUUUGGUAUUUAGCACAUAACAUAAUGUGGUGGUCUGUUCAAAUCAUACCAUUGGGGUUAAACUGGUCCGCCCUGGUUGUUGCUUAUUUUCCUUUAUGUAUAUAGUGAAGCUCUUCUCUGCAACUGUAUUUGGCAUGUUACAUGGGAUGAUUGUUCUCUACAAAGUUUGUUCAAAUCAUGUCCCCAGGGUCACUCCCCCCCCCCCCCCCUGCCCAGGGAAAUAGUUUUGUAGAAAAGUUAUUAGAUGCUUUGUGUUUUGUUAAAAACUGGUGUUUAUUAUCUUUUGUAGUUUAAGUUAUGUUCUGAAAACAAACUUAAAAGCUAUACUUUUGCCAUAGUUCUAUGUAACACUAUUAUGACAUCCUAUUAAAAAAAAAAUCGUCAGUAGGAGCUUUUUUGAUUGACAGUUAUCGUUAUAUGUAUUAUGCUUUUACGUAGCAUUUAUUUGUUUUUUGAACGAAUAAAACAGAAAACCUGUUCAAUA